AUGGCGGUGUCACCACUCGACUCACUGCUGGCCACCUUCGACCGCCAUAUCGAGCAGAAAGCGGCGGCGGACCAACGCCUCAUCUCAGCUGCACAGGCCGGCCCAUCUUCGCUAGCUUUGAGGCGCAAUGAGGUAAGGGACCUCAUCACCGGCUCAUCGGGCGAGGCAUCGCGCUCGACCUCCUUGCAACUGUCGCCGCUGGAGCGAGCGAUCUAUUACGAGGUGGAGGGGCGAAGGCACAAGUUGCACCGGAAGCAGAAGGAGCUCGACUUCUGGGCAGCGUAUCAGGAUGAGCUUGCAGAUAGGGCGACCAAGAUGCCGACGAGCAGGUCUGCACUCGAGGCGCAGAUUGCCGACAAGAGGGCGCGGCUGAUGGAGCUCGAGGCGCGAGACAAGCUACGCAUCGAGACGACGCGGGCGCUCGAGUCGAGCGCUGCCAUCCAGCGAGUGCUCGCCACCACAUCGCCUGCGCCGUCGACGGGCAAACAUGACGAGGAGCAUUAUGCAACGACGCGCGAGAUGCUCAACCAGAGGGACGACCAAGCGCUGGCCUUCCUCAAGACGUUCAACGAGACGCGCGCCAUCAAGGAGGACAGGAUCGCGGUGAAGGCAGAGAUUCGAGAACAACGUCUCAAAACGCUGCGACUUCUUGAAAGCAUCAAGGCGAUCAAGGCCGAGAUCCGCGCUCGACAGCUGAAUCCGGCUGGGUCGGGGGCAGCGAACGACUCGGAUGCACCGCAGGACAUGGGGGCGGUCAAGAAGGUGCAGCAGAUGCAGCGCGAGAUCAACGAGGCGCGCUCCAAAAAAGAACUCGUCAAGGGCAUUCUACGUGGGCUCAUCUUGGAAUCGGGACGCGAUUGGACCAAGAACAAGGCGACGCGCACACUCAUGCUGUCGCUCGACGACGAGGACGACGCUUCGGACGAUGCAUUGAGCGACGACGAAGCUGCGCCAGAUGGCGACGGCGACGACGAAGAAGAGAUCGAUGAAGACGAGGAUGAAGACAUCGAUGAUCUGGACGAAGAGUAG